CCUUCAUGUUAGACACGCCUCUAUGUUCAAGGAACACCGCUUCAUACAUACACUGUUGUUAGCGACGUAGCCUCCACGGCCAAUUUCAUUUUUGACAUUUCUAUUUGAGACCACUUCUCUGAACUUCACUUUUUGUCACGGACAGGUGAAUGCACGAAUAGCGGUUUACUGGUUGGAUCCCGGUACACUGGUGUGUCAAAUUGUUGCUGGUGGCAGUCCUGCGAGCCCAUUUGAGUAUGCAUAUACAAUGAAGAGGCGUGUGGAGGACCAGGAACCAAUAUUUGCGCCCCAGCAACAGCAAACACGUCGUCCCCCAGUUCAAGGCAUUGCAGACAGCUUCCAGCACCGGGACCUCACCCCGGCCUCUACUGUGAUAGAGGCCGCUGCAGACAACAUGCAGCCAUCCACAGGCAUCCAGUAUUCUCUCCCCCAAGGCUACCAGGUGUCUACAAUGCCUCAGAACGCAAGUGGACACGGACAUGGACAUAACAAUACUGCACCUCAUGUUGGUCCCCAUGCACACAGCCUGGCAGUUCAGUCCCAGGGCCCUGCAUUGGUCCAAGGUCACGUUCAUCCGCCUGCACCCAUGACUUCAGCCCAAGGACAGCAGUUUCAGCGACUGAAGGUUGAAGAUGCCUUAUCCUAUCUGGAUCAAGUGAAGCUGCAGUUUGGAAACCAGCCACAAGUUUAUAAUGAUUUCCUUGAUAUUAUGAAAGAGUUCAAGUCACAGAGCAUAGACACUCCUGGAGUCAUUAACCGUGUGUCCCAGCUCUUCAAGGGCCAUCCAGACCUCAUUAUGGGUUUUAACACGUUCUUGCCACCUGGAUAUAAAAUUGAGGUUCAAACCAACGAUCUAGUCAAUGUGACCACGCCAGGUCAGAUCCACUACAUCACCCCUCAUGGUAUUUCUGUUCAGAACAUCCCUAUAAGUGGAGCAUCCAGCCAACCUGCAAGCCACAACCAGCACCAGAGUCUGCCACAGGCGGGUCCGCACACUACCCCCACCACCACCACCACCACCACCACCCCACCCACCCCCACUCCCACCCAACCUGCUCCCAAACAAACCAGCAAGCCAAUUCAGUCUCCAGCCCACACACCCACCAGCCAGCCCAACCCAUCCAUCCCAUCCUACGCCUCGCCGCGCUCACCGUCGGUUCAGUCCCACGCUCCUGUGAGCAGCACGCCGUCCAGUGGGCCACCUCUCCAGAACAACCAGCCUGUGGAGUUCAAUCACGCUAUAAAUUAUGUCAACAAGAUCAAGAACCGCUUCCAGGGUCAGCCGGACAUUUACAAAGCCUUCCUGGAAAUCCUUCACACAUACCAGAAGGAGCAGCGAAAUGCUAAAGAGGCAGGAAGCAACUACACCCCAGCACUGACUGAGCAGGAGGUCUACACUCAGGUGGCACGACUCUUCAAAAACCAGGAAGACCUACUCUCAGAGUUUGGACAGUUCCUGCCAGAUGCAAACAGCUCAAUGCUGCUGUGCAAGGCUACACCAGACAGGGCCGAGUCGGUGCGUAAUGAUCAUGGCGGCACAGUAAAGAGACCCUUAAUGAACAGCAAACAGAGACUGAGCCAGAAUGGCAUGCCAAUCAGGAGACCUGCUGGAGUGGGAGCCACGGCGCCUGUCAAGAAGAAGCCCAAAAUAUUGGGGAAGGACCAUGGCAUGACUGAAGUCAGCAAACACAGCACCAGCACUGAAACUAUGUUCUUUGAGAAGGUUAAGAAGGCUCUUCGGAGCUCUGAGGCGUACGACAACUUCCUGCGUUGUCUUCACAUUUUCAACCAGGAAGUGAUCUCUCGUGCCGAGCUGGUCCAGUUAGUCAUCCCCUUUCUUGGAAAAUUCCCGGAGCUUUUUACAUGGUUUAAAAACUUCCUGGGCUACCGAGAGUCUAGUCACGGGGAGUCGAGCCAUGCAGAGAGUUUACCCAAGGAGCGUGCAACAGAGGGCAUCGCCAUGGAGAUUGACUAUGCUUCCUGUAAGAGGCUGGGGUCCAGCUAUAGAGCACUGCCGAAAAGCUACCAGCAGCCCAAGUGCACAGGAAGGACGCCGCUGUGCAGAGAGGUUCUUAAUGACACGUGGGUGUCGUUUCCUUCGUGGUCUGAGGAUUCUACCUUUGUGAGCUCCAAGAAGACUCAAUAUGAGGAGCACAUUUACAGAUGUGAAGAUGAGCGCUUUGAGCUGGAUGUCGUGUUGGAAGCCAACCUUGCCACGAUACGAGCCCUGGAGGCAGUGCAGCGGAGGCUUUCUCGUAUGUCUGCUGAGGAGCAGCUGCGCUUCAAGCUGGACAACGCGAUGGGCGGCUCCUCAGAGGUCAUUCACCGCAAAGCUAUCCAAAGGAUAUAUGGCGACAAGGCCCACGACAUCAUCGACGGGCUCAAGAAGAACCCAGCUGUGUCUGUUCCCAUAGUGCUGAAAAGAUUAAAAAUGAAGGAAGAGGAGUGGAGAGAAGCCCAGAGAGGCUUCAACAAAAUCUGGCGGGAGCAAAACGAAAAGUAUUACCUGAAGUCACUGGACCAUCAAGGCAUCAACUUCAAGCAGAAUGACACCAAAGUGUUGCGUUCAAAGACCUUACUCAAUGAAAUUGAGAUGCUAUAUGAUGACCACCAGGAUCGUGCAUCUGAGGAAACUGCCACACCGCCACCGAGCGGCCCACACAUCACCCAGUGCUACGAGGACAGCCAAAUCAUGGAGGACGCUGCCGCCCUCAUCAUCCACCACGUCAAGAGACAGGUGGGCAUCCAGAAAGAGGACAAGUACAAGAUCAAGCAGAUCAUCCACCACUUCAUCCCUGACCUGCUGUUCGCACGGCGAGGUGAGCUCUCCGAUGUCGAGGAGGAGGAAGAGGAGGAGGAGGAAGACGACGCGGAGAUGGAUCCAGGCGGCCCCAAGAAGCACAACGGCCUGCCAGGCAGCAGCCCGUCGAAGUCCAAGCUCCUCUUCAGCAACACGGCAGCUCAGAAGCUGCGAGGCACCGAUGAUGCCUACAACAUGUUCUUUGUGAACAACUACUGGUACAUCUUCCUCCGUCUUCACCACAUCCUCUGUUCUCGUUUGCUGCGGAUCUACGGGCAAGCCGAGAAGCAGAUUGAGGAGGACGCCCGUGAGCGCGAGUGGGAAAGAGAAGUGUUGGGGCUCAAAAGGGAGAAGAAUGAAAAUCCAGCAAUCCAACUGAAGAUGAAGGAGCCAAUGGAUGUCGAUGUAGAGGAUUAUUACUCAGUUUUCCUGGAAAUGGUGCGUAAUCUUUUGGAUGGAAACAUGGAGCCGACUCAAUACGAGGACUCGCUGAGGGAAAUGUUUACUAUCCAUGCCUACAUCGCCUUCACCAUGGACAAACUCAUCCAGAGCAUCGUCCGGCAGCUCCAGCACCUCGUCACUGACGAUGUAUGUACGCGCGUAACGGACAUGUACCUGAGCGAAAGUGCCAAUAAAGCCACGGGGGGCCUACUGUCCACGCAGACGUCCAGGGCCACAGCAGAGGGGACCUACCAGCGCAAAGCGGAGCAGCUUAUGUCGGAUGAGAACUGCUUCAAGUUGAUGUUUGUAAAGAGCCGAGGAUCCGUCAGUCUGGCCAUGGAGCUGCUGGACACAGAAGAGGAGAACUCUGAUGAGCCAGCGGACGCAGAGAGGUGGUCAGACUACGUGGGUAGAUACCUGAAUUCAGAUUCUGCAUCCCCAGAGCUGCGUGAACAUCUGUCCCAGAAGCCGGUGUUCCUCCCCAGGAAUUUGAGACGGAUAAGGAAGUGCCAGAGAGGAUGGGAGCAACUGCAGCAGGAGAGAAUGAACAAGGUCCCCUCGGACAAGUCGCAGGACGGCACCAGCGAGCUGAAGAUGGAGUGCAUGUUCAAGCUCAACUCCUACAAGAUGGUCUAUGUCUGCAAGUCGGAAGACUAUAUGUACAGGCACACAGCACUCACACGAGCUCAUCAGUCCCAAGAGCGAGUCAACACACGCCUGCACCGACGCUUUCACGCCUGGCUGGACACAUGGGCCAAAGAGCACGUGACCAGCGACAUGGCUGCCGACAACCGCAAGUGGCUGAUGGGAGAAAGACGAGAAGGCCUAUUGCCCUGCACCACCAGUUGCGACCCUGAGGUCCUCCAUUAUAUCAACGUUAACAAGUACCGGGUGAAGUACAGAACACUGUAGUCUCGCUUUAUUGAAAGAUAAACUGUGGCAGUGACAGUCCUCACACAACAAACUGCCAGUGUUGACUUUAUAUACACAGUAGCUUCAUACCGAUUUCUACAACCUGCUGUUAACUGGAUUCCGUUGCCAAAACGUUUGUGUCAGAACUGAUUCAGGAACUUUGUCCAAACUUUCAAGCUUUUUGCUGCAAAUUCUGCACUGUAUAUGAACUAGAAGUUUUGCAGGUGUCACUAUAUGGAGAAGAGAAAAAAAAAACCUGCUUGUCUCAGAAUCUCCAUUGUUAUUAUAUUAAAUGCAGAUUUUUACAUGAGAUAAAUAUACAGAGAAAACACUCACUUCUCUUUGGAGCAAUUCACAGUUGAAACGCACACAAAAAAAGCUGGUUAAACAUUUGAUAACUAAAACUAAACAAUGAAAUACAAGUUUUUCGAGAACCACAACAUGAUUUUACAGAAAAUUACAACAACAAAAAAUCUCUGGCCUCUGCCGGGUAGAUGCCUGGCAUUGGUACAAUUCCAGCAGUGUGUAUCAAGUACAACGAUGUAUGACCACCCAAGCAUUUAGUGUAAAUAUGUGUUUAUAUCAAUAUUGUUUUUUUUUUUUUUUUUUUUUUUUUUUUUUUAAUCAGAUGUCAUUGAUGUGUAGCGUACAUUAAAACACACACAGUAUCAGUCUUUAGCUAGAGGUUGCAGACAAAAUGCAAAAUUGUAAUUUUUUUUUUUUUUUUUUUUAACCAAAGGAUAUUAGAGAGCUUUUUCGUUUGUGGUUUUUAGAACGUGUUGUCCCUAAAGUCUUUGUUUAGUAGAAAAAUGACUCCUCUUAUAUGCGCGUCGACCCCUUUCUGCGUAUUUCUACCUUGAGCCUUUGGCAUUAGUAUCACUCGUGGUUUUAAGGUGAUUGAAUGUAGCUGAGCAGCAAUUUCUCC